AUGGCUCUGCCAGGUUCUGCUUCUUGGGUUCUUAAGAAGAUUUGGGGGUGUAGAGAUUUGCUGGAUAGGGAUCCUAUGUGCAAGCAACUGUUUUUUGCUACUGGUGGUUACUCUAUCAAUAAGAUGUACCUAUGUUUGUUGGGUCAGUUUCCUAAAGUUCAGUGGAGGAGAGUGGUUUGUAAUAACUUUGCUAGCCCUAAAAGUCUUUUCAUUUUGUGGCUUGCUGUUCAUGGGAGGCUUUCUACCAAAGACAGACUCAUGCAGUGGGGCAUAGCUACUGAUGGUGUUUGUAGUUUAUGUGGUGUUGAUCCAGAAUCAGUGCAGCACUUGUUCUUUCAGUGUUCUUAUGCUAGACAAGUCUGGCAGAAAUUCCUACAGAUUCUGAAUAUCAAUAGGAGCAGCCAAGCUUUUGAUCAGGAGCUUCAAUUUGCUAUGAGAAUGAGUAAAAAAUGUACUGCUGUGAGCAAACUUCUCCUUGCUGGUUUUGCUGAAGCAGUUUAUUGCCUGUGGAUUCAAAGGAAUCAAAGAGUCUUUGCUGGUCAUGUUCAAUCAGCUGAGCAAAUUGUUAAAGAAAUUGUGUUUAAGGUUGCUUGCAGAUGUAGAGAUUCAGACAUUGCUUUGUUGCUGUAUUAG